UAGAAAAAGAACCUGAGAAGGUUUGUGAUGUAACUUUUGACAAUUGGGUCGAGGCACUCAAAAAAGUUUGGGAUCGGCAUACUCAAGAAGACCGAAACCAAAUAACUAAAACUGACAUAGAGGCAAUCGUAGAGGCGGGAAUGAAGAGAAAAGCUAAUAUUUCUUUAUAUGACGAUUUUCAACUUCCUAAUCGUGAUGUAAAAGGAACUAAUUAUAAU